CGUGACCCCCCACAGUCACUCUGCGGAAGUGAACUGAGUGCCGGAGCAGUGUGUAGCCUAGCAUUGUUUAUUAAUAAUGUGCAAGCUUUUAUUUUGACUUGUGUUUUGAAAUCUGUCUUUGUGUCUCAGUGGAGGAAUUAUGUGGAGUGUCGGUCUGCUCUGAUAGACAGUAGGCAUGAAGUGCCUUCUGGUUGCCACAGAAAGUGCUGAGGUCCUUUUCUACUGGACUGACCAAGAGUUUGAGCAGAAUAUUAAGAAGCAGUAUGGGACAUCACAAGAGGAGAGUGGAAGACCACCAGCCUUUGCAGAUAGUAUCAACACAUUGUUUGCACCAAUCAUCAUCUCGUGUAGCACUAUUAUUGACCGACUUGGGGACGGCUACACCUCUUUCAGCACAGAAAAUGGUCACAUCUAUGCACUACAUCAGUUUGAAGAAUGUCUGUAUAUUGCUGUGAAUGGGGACGGUGAGGAGUCUGUUGAGGACCUAAAGAGGAAGAUCUUUGUAAUGAAGAAAUUUACAGAGAUCCUGUUUGGCAUGGUUACACUCAGCAGCUCCCUCUUAAAAAGAGAAUUGCGGCCACUAGACACAGAACAGAGAAAUCGUAUAUGGAAGAAGCUGCAGAGACUCCUUGAAACGUAUAGCCACUUACGAGAUCACGACCAGAGUUUUCUAGUUGAGGCGGUUGAGAGGCUGAUCCACCCCACACUGUGUGAGCAGUGCAUUGAGUUUUUGGAGCGGAGAUUAUUGCAGCAAAUGAACAGCAGCACUGAGCGAGCAGGAGAGGAAGUGCUGCAUGCCUUCAUCCUGGUGCACACCAAGUUAUUAGCUUUCUACUCAAGUCGUAAUGCCAGCACACUUAGCUCUUCUGACCUGCUGACACUGAUCAUUAUUGUUCAAGAUCUUUAUCCCAGCAACAUUGAGCUUGAUGAAACGUCUGCUCAGGAAGUAGACAGAGCUUCAGCACCAGAAAUUUUCUAUACUCCAGAGCCUUCUCCCAGCAGACGAGACUCAAGUCACCUGAGUAGUGACAGUCCUCCUGUCUUCCAGUUUGUGGACCCUGAUAUUCAGGUGGCUGAAGACAGUCUACAGACUCUUCAACUACCAGUCCCUGACCCCAUGACUCCAACCAGAGUGUUUCUGGAAGCAACAUUUAAGGAAGGCUUCUUUCCCAUGAUGCCCCACUCCAUGUACUCUUUACCUUUGUGGCCUGGCAUUACUCUUGUGCUGCUCACUAAGAUUCCUAACAGCCAGGUGGCCAUGUCUGUCUAUGUGUUACUGGAGGCCUUUGCUAAGCUGGAAAAGAGGCUGAGUGAAGGUUUAGAGGGGACAGCGGCUUUGCGUGGUCAACCCGCAAUCCAGGAACUCCGCACCAGAUUGGACAAGUUCAUUAGAAUGCUGGCCAGCAUGGACAUCCUGACCACACAACUUCAAAACACCUGGUCUGAGUUCAAGAACAAGGCUUUCACACGAUCAGGACCUGGCAUCACAAAAGCGUUGGUGCCUUUAUGUCGUAGCAUUAAGACUCAGCUGUGCAGUGUGUACCAGCAGUGUUUUGCAGCUGCGUGUAUGGGUGGUAAUCAGCGUCUCGCUACUACGCUUCAAGAACGGGCACUGAACAUGGUGCAAGAAAAGCUGAUGGACUGGAAGGAGUUUCUGUUGGUGAAGAGCAAGAGAAAUACAACCAUGGUGUCUUACCUGGAGCAAUUUCCUGGUCUUGUGCAUUUCAUUUACGUGGAUCGUACUACAGGACAAAUGAUCGCACCGUCUCUCAGUGUGACUGAAGGCUCUGCUUCAGAGCUGGGAAAAGGCCCCAUAGCACACUUUAUUAAAAACAAGCUGUGGAAUCUUGUGGCAACAACAAGGCAUUAUUUGCAGAAAGGCUAUACCACUGUGACUCUACGAGAUGGAGACUUCUACUUCUGCUAUUUCUUGUGGUUUGAGAAUGAAAUGGGUUACAAGCUGGAGGUGGUAGAUAUUCCUAACCUUCCUGAUGACUCCGCUCCUAUAGGAAUGCUUGCCUGGGAUUAUUACAGGAAGCUGCUGCGCUACUACAGUAAGGGUCACCAGAAUGAGCUGGUAAAGUGUUAUGAGCUGCUGACUGUGCACCUCGGUGUUGUCCCCACUGAGUACAUCCUGCAGCACUGCAGCCAGCUGGCCCGCAAACUGUGGGAGCCAUCGCGCAUUCCGCUCUUAUGAACACCUCUGCAUGCUUUCUGUGCACAGACAAGAGCUUAUUGAGGCCAUCUUUAUUCCACAGCUGCUGGAAUGCUGUGCACUGAGCCACUGAGCAUUCUCCCGUGCAAUAAUCUCUCUCUGCUGUGUCUGUCCCUGAAUGAGGAUUCUUGUUCAUGCACUAUUUUGAGAUAAUAAUGACCAAGUUGUAUGGAAAAAAAAAAUGCAUCUUGAUGUUGAUUGGUCAAGAUCAAACCUCUUUCCAGAUUGGUGAAGCCUUCUAAACAGAAAAUGUAGUAGGAUGAUCUCACUUUGCUAGUGUUGGAACAAAUACUUAACCCACUGUAUCCAUUUUUUUAAAGCUAUUUCUGCCUUUUGAAAGAAUAUUGUGUGAAUAAGCACUAAAAAUAUUUUGAAUUUUAUUUUUUAAAAAGUCUCAACAUCUGUCAUGCUGUAGCAUUUGUGUAGCUAUGUGUGUAUGUUGCUGUAAUAUAAUGAUCUGUUCAUACCUGGUUCAUAAAACUUUUGACCUCAUAUUGUGUAUAUACUAAUGCGCCUCAAAAAAUUAGAAUAUCGUGAAUUUUAUUUUCAUAAUUUAAUUCAAAAAGGUAAACUUUCAUCUAUUCUAUUAUUCGUUACACAUAAAUUUAAAUAUUUUGAGCCUUGUUUUGUUUUCAUUUUGAAGAUUAUGGCUCACCGCUCAUGAAAAUCACAAAUCCAAUAUCUCACAUUAUUAGAAUAUUUCAUUUCAAGUUUGAGUAAAAUGGUAUAAAUACUGUGUAUCUUUGGGUCUAGUUCAGUACACACAACCACAGUCAUGGGAAGACUGCUGACUUGACAGUUGUGCAGAAGACGAUCAUCGACACCCUCCACAAGGAGGGUAAGCCAUAGAAGGUCAUUGCUGAAAAGGCUGGCUGGAAAAGGUGCACAAGCAACAGGGAUGACUGCAGCCUUGAGAGGAUCGUCAAGAAA